CCGCACACCGCGGCACUGUUUCACAAGGGAGAGGAGAAGAAAAGGCCAUUUUAAUUCUCCAGGGACGUUCAACUUUGUUCCCACCCGGUGGAGAGGUGCUUGCAGUUUACAGCUGCACGGAAAAACAUGGACAAGUCGAGUGAGCUGAAACUGUUCCUGGAGUCUUCCCUGAACUCGAUUUUCAAAGCGACCGUGAACGAAAUCCUGGACUCGGUGGAGCGGACACUGUCCGAGUAUCAGGGCGCAAUGCAGAGGAUCCAGUCUGAAAACGAGGGCCUGAAGCGGCUGCUGUUUGCACAAAAGAGUCCAGAGCCCGCAGACUGUGGAGAUUCAUGUGAACAAGAUGCCACUGAGCAGUUUUCUGCUCCGGAAUGGCCAGAUCAACCCUCCAGCUCCACCCAGGGUACGUUCAAGGUGUCCAUAUGCAGCAGUGACAAGAAGAGCUCCAGAAGGAAGAGUAAAGCCAAGAUUAGGGAGACUACGGCUCCAUCUUCGUUUAGUCUGCAGGCAGAUCAAACGGGAGAACCACCAUGUGCCAACACAUCCACUGAUAUCCCACUUCCUGUAAACCCACAGUCCAACAUGAAUGAAAAUGGUGCCAUUGACCUCUCGCAGCCAGCACUGUUUUUCGACAUGAUGAUGAAGUCCAUGCAAAAUGAUGGACAUUUCACCAAGACUGAGGAUGAGGAGAACGAGGCGCUGUCGGGUCCUGACGCUCUGCCUCACCCGCAGCAGAAGCACGAGUUGGGCUUUCCGAAAUCCGACCUGGAUCCAGAGGAAGGCAGCUCACAAGACAUGGAGCGAGAAGAAACGUCUAAUCAAAGCGAUUCGGCUGCAGAAGAGUUUCUAGAAAAAGCGAACCCCUUUUAUAGCUGCGCCGCCUGUCCAGAGACAUUUACAGAUGAAACCUCGCUCAAUAUCCACCUCAAGACUCACAGCAGCGAGGAAACCCACGACUGCAGCAUCUGCGGAAGACGCUUCGGCCGGAUCAACCUCCUCAAAUCCCACAUGCGUUCCCACUCGGGAGGAAAAGCCUUCAUCUGCAACAUCUGCAACAAAGCGUACACCCACGCACGCCAGCUGAAGAUUCACAAAAGCGGCCACACCGGAGAGAAGCCGUUCUCCUGCUCGUUCUGCAGGAAGCGCUUCAGCGCGCACAACCUGCUCAAAGCCCACAUGCGGACCCACACCGGAGAGAGGCCGUACGUGUGCCGGCAGUGUGGCAAAACGUUCAGCAACCCAGGGAAUCUGUGCAUACACCGGAGGCUGCACACCGGCGAGAAGCCGUACUGCUGCGCUCACUGCGACAAGAGGUUCAAAGUCCUGGGCGACCUCAAAAUCCACACCAGGACGCACACCGGAGAGAGGCCGUACAACUGUGAGAUCUGCAAGAAGACCUUCAGCCAGAUGAGCCACGUCACCAUCCACAUGCGCAUACACACGGGAGAAAAGCCGUUCAGCUGCACCUACUGCACCAAGAGCUUCAGCCGCUCGGGUCACCUGAAGAGACACGAGCUGCUGCACACCAAAGAGACACUGUUCCCCUGCAGUCUGUGCGGGAAGGCCUACACUGACAAGUCCUCGCUCAAAAAGCACAUGAAGUCGCACGCGUCGAAGGAGCAGAAGGAGCAAAGUGAGGCGAGCACCAGCGAAGCUGCGACGAACAAGCUCGAACCUUAAUCUGAGACGUUUCCAGCUGGGAUUAAAAUCUAAGUGAAAUAGCUGAAGAUGAGGAAAUUAAGUCAACGAUAGAAUAACGUUAAGCACUUUCAGAAUACAUUUACAUCCAGCUCAAAGUACUUCGAAUUUGAUAUUUCCAAAUAUGGUAUUGUGUUAAAAGUGAAGAAGAUGAAAUGAAUCUGUCCUAUUUUCUAAAGCUGAAAUAUUCGUUGUGUCGACUUGUUUUCUGGCGUCUGAAACACGAGCUUUAAUCUGUUGUUGGAACAGGAUUAUGUUGUUUCAUCUUAAAACAAGAGUUGGGCGUCGGAUAAGAGCCACACAUUUGAGUCGAUGCUCCCAGUUCUGUUUCCUGCAUCCAUCAAAUAUAAAUCUUUAUACAUCUUUAAUUGCUGCCUGCUUUGUACAUAUGUUCUUUUUAGUACACGUGAGAAGACACUUUUUUUUUUUGUCCUCCACUGAGGACAAGUUUGUUGUGCAUGAUUGAAACGUAACACUUUAAACAACACUGCCUGUGAACUGACACUUGU